UGAUUUGGAAAUUUAUUACUCGAAUUAAAAAGUUCUGAUUUAUUGUUAACAUCCUGCAAAAAAAAUUGAUUGCAAAGAAUUAAAUCAGAGUAAGCGAAUACUAAAAAGCAAUUCAAUUCAUAGCUUGUCAAACAGCUUUAGAAUGAAAUGGAUUUGCAACAAAAACUUGGUCAUAGACCAACAACAACAACUACAGAAAGAACAACAGAAACAGCGACAUCAACAUUAUUACAUGACACAGAUAGAGAAUCGAAUAUUACAACAACUACAACUUAUAACAAGACUGCAACAGAGCACACAUCAGCAUUUGCAACAAAUCACAAGCUGUCAACAACAUCUAAUACAUUUGGAACAGAGACAACAACAACAAAUUCCCCUUAUAUUGAUGGCAAUAAAAACAAUAAAGAAUUCUAUGAAACCUUGUGUUGGCAAGAGACUAAAGAUGUCAAAGUUAAUGACAACACGACAAAGGACAUUGAAGUACUUGCUGCAGGACACGAACAAAAAGAAACACUUUUUAAAAUAUGGUGUAAACAGACAGCUGACAUGUCAGCACAUAUGGAAAAUGAUGAAACUAAAAUACCGAAGAUCACCCGCCAUAAUGUUGAUGACACAAUUGCUGCUGCCACUGAGAGUACAACAACAAAUUUGGCACAAACAUUCCGUUGUAUACUUGAAACAUUCGAAAGAACAUCAACUACGGCAAAGACUACGACGAAAAAUUCAACAAUACAAUAUAGUUGUUAUAAUACUGAUAUGCCUGAGUAUUUAUACCAUCCCUCCAAUUCCACCUCCACAGUCACUAGCAAAGACAACAACAUCAACAACUUGUCAUCAUUCACUCAACAACAGCAGCAAUUAUAUUUUGUUAAUAAAACUGAAAGCAACAGCAUCAACAUCAGUAGCAUUAGCAAUAACACAAACCUGCCAUCAUUUAAUAGCCAUGAACAAGGGCAUCCAACCACAUUUUUGGAAAAAUGUAGGUCUCGUCUAAAAUUAAUAGUGGAAGAUGUAGCAGAACCCAUUAAAGAAUUCCAUAUAUCAUUGACAUCAUCAUCAAACCAGCGGCAACAGCCUCCAAAUAUUAGCAAUAAUUUAACUCCAAGUGAUUCAUUUUUCAAUCCCGAUCAUCAUGUUAGUGUUAAUAAUAUAAGUUUAAAUCCCCCUACUCUGGAUUCUCUAUUACCUGCUGUAACAUAUAAUCAAACAACUCUCUGUCCACCUGUAGUACAAAAUCUUUCCAUAUAUUGUGAAAAUCCUUCAGCCAUCUUCUCUUCCAUAACCACACCCACCAACAUUCUACCACACAAAGUCAAAUGUUUUUUUUCCAAUACCCUGACUGAGAUGGUAACAAAAAACGCUUCCUAUUCGGCACAACUUCAGGAUUAUUUACCCACAUUGGGUCUAGCCUCCAGCGCCAGUACGAGUGCCGCGGAGAAUCAUAUUAAUCAAUCAUUAUUCUCUAGCAAUAAUUGGUUGGAAGAUCCUUGGCCAUGGAAUUUAGCCAUCAUGAACUCAACUCUUGUCAAUUCAUCAACAACAUUGUUUGCCUUAAGUUCUCUUGAUACAAAUUUAACAAAUAUAACCACCUUUGGUGGAGAUCUCACAGUUCCGAUCAAAGGUUUUGAUUGGAGUUUUUUAUUUGUCAUAUUUUUUAUAAUUGCCGGUGGUUUGGGUAAUAUUUUAGUUUGCCUGGCCGUAGCUCUGGAUCGACGUUUACAAAAUGUCACCAAUUAUUUUUUAUUCUCACUGGCCAUAGCUGAUCUGUUGGUGAGUUUAUUUGUGAUGCCUUUGGGAGCAAUACCAGCAUUUUUGGGUGAGUAA